AUGGCCACAGAAACACAAACAAAGGAGAACAACUCGUUCGUCCUCCGCGGGAUCAAAGACGUGUGCUUUGAAGAUCGCCCUGUCCCCAAACUCACGGGCCCCCGAGACGUCCUCCUCCAGGUCAACUACACGGGCAUCUGCGGCUCCGACGUGCACUACUGGCAACAUGGCCGAAUAGGGCAUUUCGUGGUGAAAGAGCCGAUGGUCCUGGGGCAUGAAUCCGCAGGCACGGUGCUCGAGGUCGGGAGUGGUGUCAAGACGCUGAAAAAGGGGGACCGCGUGGCCAUGGAGCCGGGAAUCCCAUGCCGCCACUGCGUGCGGUGCAAGGAAGGGAAAUACAACCUGUGUCCGGACAUGGCGUUUGCAGCGACGCCGCCUUACGACGGCACGCUGGCCAAAUACUACCUCCUGCCCGAGGACUUUUGCUACAAGCUGCCCCCGAACAUGACGCUGGAGGAAGGCGCGCUGAUGGAACCCCUGGCCGUGGGCGUGCACAUCACCAAACAAUCCGGCGUCAAGCAAGGGGACACGGUGGUCGUCUUCGGCGCCGGACCCGUGGGCCUGCUCUGCUGCGCGGUGGCCAAGGCCCUGGGCGCGAGCAAGGUCGUCGCCGUGGACAUCAACACUGCAAGACUCGAGUUUGCGCAAUCCUUCGCCGCGACCUCCACCUUCGUCCCGUCCAAGGACCUCUCGGCCGCGGAGAACGCCCAGAAACUCCGACACGACAACGACCUCCCCGCCGGCUUCGACGUCGCCAUCGACGCCUCCGGCGCAGAACCCAGCGUCCAAACCGCCAUCCACGCCCUGCGCAUGGGCGGCUCCUACGUCCAGGGCGGCAUGGGUCGCGACGAGAUGACUUUCCCCAUCAUGGCCGCCUGCACGAAGGAACUCACCGUCAGGGGAAGCUUCCGCUACGGGCCCGGGGAUUAUGCCAUGGCCGUGGAUCUGGUGGCUGGGGGGAAAAUCGAUGUCAAGAGGCUGAUUAGUAGGAAGGUCGGGUUCGAGGAGGCCGAGCAGGCGUUUGAGGAUGUCAGGCUGGGCAAGGCGAUUAAGGUGCUCAUCGAGGGGCCGAAAUGA